AUGUCGAUUGAGAGAUACAACCAACCCAUGCCAUUCGAGGAGGGGGAGAAGAAGGACCUGCCAGCUGAUACCUAUUCGGGUCCAGCUGGUGAGGAGAUCCGACCCAGGGAGGAAGAGACUCACAGAGAGUUGAAGAGUAGACAGAUCAGUAUGAUUGCUAUUGGUGGUGCUAUCGGUACUGGUUUGGUCAUUGGUUCAGGUACUUCCCUAGCUAGAUCAGGUCCUGGUUCAGUCUUCGUCGCGUAUUGUAUCAUGGGUAUCGUCUGUUUUGGUGUGCUCUUAGCACUCGGUGAAAUGAGUACCAAAUAUCCUACCAAGAAAGGGUUCGCCGGUCAUGCUACGAGAUGUGUGGAUCCAGCUUUCGGUUUUGCAACUGCUGUCAUUUAUUUGUGUAAAUAUCUGAUCCUCUCACCCAACCAAAUCGUCGCGGGCUCCUUGGUCAUCGGAUACUGGAACCAGUCUGUGAACAAGGCCGCCUGGGUAUCAAUCUUAAUCGUCUUCGUCAUCGCCAUCAAUACAUUGGGUAUCAAAUGGUUCGGAGAAGUUGAAUUCUGGCUCUCAUUCAUCAAAAUCAUUACUCUCACUGGUUUGAUCCUCUUAGGAUUGAUCAUAGAUCUCGGAGGUGUGCCAGGACAAGAUCGAUUGGGUUUCGCUUAUUGGAAACAUGGUCGUGCUUUCAAACCAUACAAGCUUACCGGUGAUACUGGUAAAUUCCUCGGAUGGUGGAAUGCUAUGGUCCUCGCUCUCUUCGCAUACACUGGUUCAGAAUUAGUAGCCAUCACCGUUGGAGAAGCUAGAAACCCCAGGAAGACGGUGCCAGCAGCGAUUAAAAAAACUUUCUUCAGAAUCAUUUUCUUCUACAUCUUCUGUAUCUUGAUCGUCGGUAUGAUUGUCGAUUCGAAUUCCUCUUUGCUCGCACAAGCCGCGAAAGCGGGUACCUCAGGUGGUGCUUCGGCUUCUCCGUUCGUCGUAGCCAUCAAAGCUGCUGGUAUCAAGGGACUCCCAUCUCUUAUCAAUGCUUGUAUUCUCAUCUUCACAAUGUCCGCUGCCAAUUCUGAUCAAUACGUUGCCACACGUACCCUUUAUGGAAUGGCCAAAGAUGGACACGCACCUAGAAUCUUCACUAAAUGUACUAAGAGAGGUGUACCUUGGGUAGCAUUCAUCUUCACUGGUGCGUUCAUGGGAUUGGCCUACUUGGUUGCCUCCGCCGAUGCGUUGAAGAUUUUCAACUACUUCGUCAACACCGUUACCAUUUUAGGGGGUCUCACUUGGGUAUCUAUCCUCGCUUCCCACGUAGCUUUCAUGAGGGGUAUGAAAGCUCAGGGUAUCUCGAGAGAUACAUUACCUUACAAAGCUCCUUUCGAACCUUACCUCACAUACUUCUCCCUCUUCAUGAUUUGUCUCGUAUGUUUCUUCAAAGGAUUCGACGCGUUCAUGCCAUUCGAUUAUAAGACUUUCAUCACCAACUAUAUCGGUAUUCCAGUUUAUGUGAUUGCUUACGUCGGUUACAAACUCUUCCACCGAACCAAAGCUGUCAAGAUGCACGAGAUGGACCUCACCUCGGGAUCAAGAGAGUUCUUUGAUAUCGACGAUAGUGAGACGGAUGAGGAUCUACGAUAUCAAUCUCUCACUUGGAAAGAGAAGAUUGUCUAUCAAAUCAAGAAUUGGUAG